ACUGCGCAGUUAGGUAAUGACGUUAGACAGCUGUCAGUUCAACAAAAGCUGUUAUUUGCGUAAUUUUGGCUAAAUAAUUCUAAUUUUCUUAGUUUUUUUUAAGAAGAAACAUGUCUUACGCCUAUUUAUUUAAAUAUAUAAUAAUAGGGGAUACUGGGGUGGGCAAAUCAUGUUUACUGUUACAAUUUACGGACAAAAGAUUUCAACCAGUCCAUGAUUUAACUAUCGGUGUGGAAUUUGGUGCUCGUAUGAUCACGAUAGACGGAAAACAAAUCAAACUACAGAUUUGGGAUACUGCAGGACAGGAGGCUUUUCGUUCAAUUACACGGUCGUACUAUCGAGGUGCAGCCGGUGCUUUAUUAGUGUAUGACAUUACACGUCGUGAAACUUUUAACCAUCUCACCACAUGGCUCGAAGAUGCAAGACAACAUUCCAACUCAAAUAUGGUUAUAAUGCUAAUCGGUAAUAAGAGUGAUUUAGAGAGUAGGCGUGAGGUUAAAAAAGAGGAAGGGGAAGCAUUUGCACGUGAGCACGGCUUAGUUUUUAUGGAGACAUCCGCAAAGACUGCAGCAAACGUCGAAGAAGCGUUCAUUAACACGGCCAGGGAGAUCUAUGAAAAGAUUCAGGAAGGUGUUUUUGACAUUAAUAACGAGGCAAAUGGAAUUAAAAUUGGACCACAACAUUCACCCACUAAUCCGUCAUUGCCUGGUACAGGAGGACAAGGCGGAUCUCAAGGUGGUGGAUGUUGUUAAAACUAAGUUUGGGCUUUGCAAACAGUCUACCGUAUUUAUUAUUAUUACAUAAUUUAGUGAGGUAUUCUAAAAUUGACCUUUUAGACGCAUAACGUAUCAUCAUUUGUAUUUACAAUCUUAUUGUAACUCACUAAUUUACGUAAUAUUUUAUAUUAUUGUGAUUUUAUUUCAUGUGUUGUAUAUUUAUGUAAUAAUAGCAAAUCUUUCCUUAUA